UGAAACAUGUUUACUGUUAUUACGCGGACUUUGAGCUUGUUCAUUUUGUUCAUUAAAUCAAAGCGACCUAACCUGAUAUUGCACAUAGAACACACAACACCGAAAACCUGACAAGAUACCGAAGUCUAUUCGUUAAUUACUACUCACUUGUCGAUUGUAUCACAGUGUGAAAAUGUCGCUGAAACUUUACUACGAUUUGCUGUCGCAGCCGUCGCGCUCGUUGUAUAUUCUACUGAAAUUGAGCAAAACGCCGUUCGAACAAUGCGUCGUCCCGCUGCGCCAAGGUGUGCAUAUGAUGGAGGACUACAAAACUAAUGUCUCUAAGUUUGGGAAGGUCCCAGUACUGCACGACGGGAACUAUAAGUUGGCAGAAAGUGUCGCGAUUGUUAGGUAUCUGUCUAAUACCAACCGGCUGAGUGAGAAGUAUUAUCCUAAAGAUGCCAAAGCACAGGCUGCUGUAGAUGAAUACUUGGAAUGGCAACAUCACAAUGUCCGCGCGCACUGCGCUCUGUAUUUCAGGCUAAGAUUUUUGACUCCAUUGACUACUGGACAGGAACCACCAGCUGAAAAAGUUAAGAAAUAUGAAGAGAACAUGAAUAAUUGUCUGGAUCAAUUUGAAGAAUACUUUUUGACUCCUGGACCAUUCAUUUGUGGUCCAAAACCCACGGUUGCUGACGUUUUCGCUGCAACUGAAAUCGAACAACCGAGAUUGGUUGGGUACGAUCCAACCACCGACAGACCAGUGCUCUCCGCAUGGCUGAAGCGCGUGCGCGAGGAAUUCAAUCCUGCGUAUGCCGAAGCGCACACGUUCCUCGAGAAGGUCGCCGCCAAGAAAGCGGCGGCGAAGCUCUGAUGCUGCAGUCUUGAAAAUAAAAUAAAAAGGCAUAAAUGUGGAAUUCAAAUGAAAUUAUUGGUUAUUACUGGUCAGCUUCGCUCAAUUACGCGGUUAAAAGUUAUUUUUCUCUUCGCACACCUAGCGACACAUCGUGGCGUCGAUCUGGUGCAGGGACGGAAUCAUCAACUUCAACUUCCGGCGAUAUCCUGGAUCAUUCGCGACGGGAUUCCGCUCCAGGUAGACAGUCGCCAGUGUUUUCAGCGCGCCUAGCCUCUCGAUCGCCUUCCAGUCGUUGAUGCCGUUAUCGUUCAACUGUUAAAAUCCCACGCACAUGUCUUGAAUAUAACCAUCUUAAUUGUG